AGAUUAGUCAAUAGAAAUUAUUUCUUUUCUACCUUGUUAAUGUAAUAUAUAUAUUCCGUGAAGUUUAUUUAUGACUGUGCUAUGCAUAUUUGUGUUUAUGGAGUCAUCCUUAUUUUCAUAGUUUUCAUUAGUUUUCUUAUAUUUGUCUACAAACUCAGACAAAACAGGAAAAUAAAAGUAAAUGGCAAAUCAGUAUUUAUAACAGGAUGUGAUAGAGGUUUUGGUUACCAUAUAGCCAAACAGUUGAGCACUUUAGGAUUCCAGGUUUUUGCUGGUUGUCUGGAUAUCAACGGAGCGGGUGCAAAAGAACUUGAAAAUUUUUCAAAGUGUGUACAUCCAGUACAAAUAGAUGUUACCAAAGAACAAGAUGUCUUAGAUGCAUUAAAGUUUGUUGAAGAUAUUGUUCAAGAUAAAGGAUUAUGGGCUGUUAUUAACAAUGCAGGUGUAGCAUCUUAUGUCGAAUGUGAAUGGUGUCCAUUGGAUGUCUAUCAACGCCUAAUUGACGUAAAUCUUACAGGUGUAAUCCGAGUGACCAAAGCCUUUCUACCGCUCGUCAGAAAAAACCAGGGCCGUGUUGUCACUGUUGCAAGUCUGGCUGGUAGGAAUGGUUUGCCAGGUUUCUCUGCAUACUCUGCCACGAAGUUUGGUGUAAUAGGAUUUUCAGAAUGUCUCAGAAGAGAAAUGAAAAAGUUCAAUGUCAAGGUUAUAACUAUAGAACCAAGCAUGUACAAAACAAGUAUAACUGAUGAAAAUGUUCUCAUCGCACAAAACCAGGAAUUGUGGGAAAAGUGUCCAGACGAGAUUAAAAACGCAUACGGAGAACCAUAUUUCAACGACUUUCUGGUUAAGAUAAAGGAAAAUAUAAUAGAUUUAACUGCCAAUAAAGACAUCACGACAGUAAUUGAUGCAAUAGAGGAUGCCAUUUGUUGCCAGUAUCCUGACACUAGAUAUGUUCCAGGGUUUCGUACUUCUUGUGAGAGUUUUAUAUAUUCAAUGCUGCCAAUCAGUAUUCAAGAUUUAACAGUUUCGCUUGUAAUGAAAUAUGUCAACAAACCAUGUCAAAUGACUACAUUGAAAAAAAACAGAUAAUACUUUGUUUAAAAUGUUAUUUCCUCGUACGACUUUUUCUAUUAUCUACACUAGAGUCUACCGUAUAAUGUGUCAAUGUGUUUUAGAAUUCGAGUGGGCCUGCAGUCGUCUUAACAAAUUCUGCGCAUGUUCUAAUAUCGUACUCCUUCCUUCGUUGAUGACCUUAUGGAAUGCAACUCUCAUCUUUUUUUUGGCUUUUUAUUUUGUUGAAGGAUCACUCUGAGGUACUCUUUAUUCAUCAUGUUUAUUGGAGGAGGAUUCGUUUUACAGUCACAGUUUCACUCACCCAUUUCUUG